AUGACUUCCCCAGGCCUCCCAGAGGACCCAAAAGCUUUCGACAUGAAAGCCAUUUCUCAAGAUGCCGCCGAUGUGGAAAGCGUUGCUAUAGCUGAUGGUAAAAGUCUGUCCGAGGACAAGAAGCAACUCCCUGGACUUGCGGACCUGGACGGUAUUCAACGCAGCUGGAACCUUCAAAACCUGAUCGUUAUCUGGAUAUCUGCUCUGCUUAUGAGCUUCGCCACAAAUCUGAACAAUCAAACAUCAAGCUCCUUUGCCUCGUAUGCGACGAGUGACUUUGCUUCUGCUCCACUCUUGGGAACGGUCACUGUGGUUCAGGCUGUGGCAUCAGCGGUUGCCUUGCAACCUCUCGCUAGGCUUGCUGAUGUUUAUGGUCGAUUCGAGAUGCUUUCGAUUUCCGUGAUACUCUUAACCAUCGGAGAGAUUAUGAUAGCGUCAUCAAAAAGCGUUGGUGUUUACGCUGGAGCACAGGUAUUCUGGGCUUUUGGCUACAUAGGAAUUUCGUUGAUGCUUCAGAUUCUGGCAGGUGACACCAGUGAUCUCCAUAAUCGUGCCCUCAUAAAUGCAAUACCCAUUGCCCCCUCACUUGUUACAUGCUGGUCUUCCAUCCCUGUAAUUUCAUUGCCUAUACUGGCGUCCCUUUACCACAACAAGAGAAAGGGUACAAUGUUAAGAAAAGAGGAAGGCACUUAUAAACCCCGAAAUCACGUUCAAAAUUUCCUCCAACUUGAUCCCCUCGGGUUAAUUCUGUUCGGUGCUGGACUCGCUCUUGUGCUAAUACCGAUAUCGCUCGCGCCUUCCAAUGAAAAUAACUGGAAAACCACCCAUACAAUCGUUGAAUUGGUCAUUGGCAGUGUUUGUUUGAUUGCCCUCGUGAUAUGGGAAACUAAGUGGGCUCGCUGGCCAAUUUUGUCCAUGAAGGUCUUAAAAAAUCGUACAGUAAUCUUCGGUUUAAUAGGACCGUCCGCUAACAAGACAUCAGCUAUGUUCAUCAACUAUAGCGGCCUUUACAUACUCCAAAGCUAUCUCCUCAUGUAUGAACUGAUUGCAGCCAAUUUAUCAGUCAAUGCGGCUACAAACAUUUAUAUUCUCAUCCCAUUUGCAGGAUCAUUGGGCCAACUCAUGUCCGGCCUACUGGUCAAAUAUUUGAAAAGAUAUAAAUGGGUUGUGGUUUCUGGAUACGGACUCAUAGUGCUUGGGAUGGGUCUGACCUAUAAGUAUGUCAACGGGAAUGGUCAGAUGCCCCAGUUAGUCGUUUCGCAAUUGAUCCUGGGAAUUGGCGAAGGAUUUGUCAUGACAACACAAUUUGGCAUACAAGCUUCUAUUGACCAAUCUGAAAUGGCGGCAGGUACAGCGUUGUUUACAACAUCCGUUGCGGUUGGGAAUGCCGUUGGUGCAGCAAUAGCCGGAGGCAUGUGGACAACCCUACUUCCCCGAAAACUUAGUGCCAAUUUGCCUGCCCAGGAUGCUAGCUACAUGGAAGAAAUUGCAGCCUCCAUUACAUCAGCAUUGUCAUUUGAAUGGGGAACGCCAACUCGUGAUGCUAUCAACAAUUCCUUUACAAGCACUUUUCGGGAUAUGAUAUUGGUAGGGCUGAUUCUUGUCGCUGUGGCUUUUUUGUGUUCUCUCUUGCUGCAAAACUUCAAUAUCAGUGAGGUGGACUCCAACAGAGAAUAUAAGGGUAUCGUUAUUGGCAAGACCGGUGCUGUGGAUGCCUUGAAGGAUAAGGUCAACAUGGGGCAUGCUGAGAAGCAUCCUACGACUAAGGAAGACGCUUAA